AUGUGUCAUGUUGUUGCCGUCAGAUUCUAUAGAAAUUUAAGAACUGUUUGUCUAACAUGUGGGGAUAAAGGAGAUGUCAAGCUUCUUAUCUACUGCUCGCAAUGUCGUGAUUCCGCUGUACACCACUAUUGCCAAGAGAAAAUCUCUGCUGAUGAUGACAAUACCAAUUGGAUAUGUUGGGAUUGCACUCCCAAAGUUUCUAAGGUUGAGCAGUUCAGAAAGAGUGAACGGAUAAGUGAACGAAAAAUCCAUGCUUUUGAUGUUCGAGCGGAAUGGAGAAGAAAGCUUUACCGUUGUAAAGUAAAAGCUCUACGGUUAGAUGAGGCUAGACAUGACACAAGCGGUGCAGUUCAAUCACCUACAGCCCAUAGUCCAUUUCACGUUUUGCAAAAGGAGAAGCUUUCAUUCAUUGAUACUAAGAAACACAAAGACAUUGGAGAAGAGUGUGCAGAUGUAUGCUAUUCUGAACAGCAAAUUGAAUCAGUAAAAGCAGGGAACACUCCGCUAGUAGGUAAACGCCAGGAAGCUUAUUGUUCAACAUUGAACAACGAGGAAGGUGGAAUGGUAGAAAGAGCUCAAGUAAGAGGUGACUCUUCUGUGCAAGAUUCAAAGAGUGCUCAGUCACUUGGUGAAAUUGGAAAUCAACAAGAGAUGAGAAAGUCAAGGAGGAAGUUUGUAGUUCUUGAUGAUGGCGGUGAUUUUGAGGGAGAGGGUGGGGCAAUUGGUGGAAAUUUUUCUUCUUCAUUCCCUGGUGAGCAAAAUUUUCCACUCGACACUUUGUAUAGUGAUCCUCAAGUGGAAUCUGCGAAUUGUUUGUCUGCACAGCCAGUUAUUGAUCCCAUUUGGAGGGGAUGUUUUAUCUUCAAUACAGAAAGUGAAAGCAGUAUUAAUAUCUUAGCUCAUUUGUCAAACAAAGCCUGUGAAAAGGCGUCUAUGGCAGCAAAUAGGCUUCCUGUGAAACUUGAUGUAAAACUUGUGUCCAAGAAUGAUGUAUGGCCGAGGAGUUUCCUGAGGCUGCAACCAACAGACUGCAGUAUUGCUUUGUAUCUCUUUCCCGAGCUUGAAGAGGAUGAAAAUUCUUAUGAUGCUCUAUUGGAAGAUGUUAUUGACAAUGAUCUUGCAAUGAGCGCCACAAUUGAUGACUUGGAGCUUUUGAUUUUUUCAUCUCGUGUUCUGCCACAGAAACAUUGGAGGCUUCGUAGGAAGUACUAUUUGUGGGGUGUGUUUAAACAUAAGUCGCCCUCACGCUCAAGAAUACCAACUUCUAGCGGCAUUCUGAAUGCAGCUACUAGCGAUCUCCCAAAUGAAAUCGAAGGUGCAGAUACAGGUAGUUCUCAGGACCAGAGUUUCCCAAGUCCCUUGAGCAUACUGAAAGAUGGGAAUUCUGGCAGUCCUCCGGGUCGCUUCCCAAGCCCCUUGAGCUCCUGUUGUAACAGUACCUCUACAAAAGAUUCUCCUUGCCAUCAUGAGAUAGCAGACUCAAUAAAGGGGUAG